AUGGUUGUUAUACGUUAUUUUCAGGUCCCAAAGAGACAAUUGGGUAAAUUUUGAUAUUUCAUUUUAUUUUUAAUCAUAUUUAUGAAAUUUGUUACAUCUAAGGCCAAUUAUGAUAUGAGACAUAUUAAUGUUUUGAUUUUUUUGUCAUAUUUAAUAAGAAUUUCGAUGUUUUACGUUGUAAUUGAAACUUAGUUAAACGAAGUUAUACGAUGAAAAGAGUUUGAUUUUGAUUUUAAGAUUUCCUGAGGUCAUCUUUAUCUAGUCAACAACAAAGAACAUUUACCGACACCGCAUCCGAAGGGAAGGUAUGCUAUGUUGUACCUAUUUAAGUUAAUGUUCAUUGUGUUAUAUUAUAUAACGUGAACAUGCAAUGAUCUGUGUUAUUUUUUCUUUUAGAAAAAAGGUGGUCCCCUGGCUGAUCAGGACCGUAUCUUCACAAAUUUGUAUGGCAGACAUGAGUGGAGAUUAAAGGGUGCUAUAAAAAGAGGCAAUUGGUAUAAAACCAAGGAAAUCAUUGAAAAGGGUCCAGAUUGGAUCAUCAAUGAGAUUAAGAUAUCUGGUCUAAGAGGUCGUGGAGGUGCAGCUUUUCCAUCUGGCAUAAAAUGGUCUUAUAUGAACAAGUCUUCAGAUGGAAAACCAAAAUAUUUGGUAGUUAAUGGAGAUGAGGGUGAACCUGGUACCUGCAAAGAUCGUGAAAUUCUACGUCAUGAUCCUCACAAAUUGUUAGAAGGUUGCUUGAUUGCUGGCCAUGCAAUGGGAGCUUGUGCUGCUUACAUCUACAUUCGUGGUGAAUUUUAUAAUGAAGCAUCAAGUAUGCAAAUUGCUAUUGCAGAAGCUUACCAAGCAGGUUUGAUUGGCAAGAAUGCCUGUGGUUCUGGCUAUGAUUUUGAUGUCUUUGUCCAAAGAGGUGCAGGAGCAUACAUUUGUGGAGAAGAAACUGCUCUUAUAGAAUCUAUCGAAGGAAAACAAGGAAAGCCUCGGUUAAAACCACCAUUCCCAGCUGAGGUUGGAUUAUUUGGGUGUCCUACUACUGUUACAAAUGUCGAAACCGUCGCAGUAUCUCCCACUAUAUGCCGACGAGGCGGAGCAUGGUUUGCAUCACUUGGCCGUCCACGUAAUCAUGGGACUAAAUUAUUUAACAUCUCAGGGCAUGUGAACAAUCCAUGCACUGUGGAAGAAGAAGUGUCCAUUCCUCUAAAAGAGCUUAUUGAAAGACAUGCUGGAGGAGUAAUUGGUGGAUGGGAUAAUUUGCUAGGUGUGAUUCCUGGUGGAUCUUCCACUCCCGUUAUUCCUAAAAGCGUGUGCGAUACUGUAUUAUUGGACUUCGAUGAUCUUGUCAGAGUGAAGAGUGCCUUUGGUACUGCAGCUGUGAUCGUCAUGAACAAACAGACUGAUAUUAUUAAAGCUAUCACUCGUCUGGUCAGUUUCUAUAAGCAUGAAUCUUGUGGUCAGUGUAGUCCUUGCCGUGAAGGAAUAAGUUGGAUGUACAAAAUCAUGAGAAGACUGCCGAAGGCGAAGCAGAUGCAGGUUCGUUUUAUGAAUGGUGACAUGCAUGGGGAUCUUGCACAGUCCAUGGGAUUUUCAAUACAUUCUGCUGAAGAUCAUAGAGAAGUGAAGUUGAAAUAUUGGGAAACGCUGCAUAUGAAAGAACACAUUUCGUUGAGCAAUGAUAAAGUUCUAUCGUCUGAUCUAGACAAGGAGGAACAGCAACAGAAACAAUCACUGAAGAUGACAGUAGACACGCAGAUUGAAUUCGGAAUUGCUUAUUGUCUCCGAUCAGAUUUUAGUUUUAUGAAUAACAAGAUAAUGGUAGAUUGCGAAUGCAAAGUGAAGUACAGAUACCCGAAAUUAUCCGAUUUGAUCAUAAAAAAGGUAGUCCUCUGGCUGAUCAGGACCGUAUCUUCACAAAUUUAUAUGGCAGACAUGAUUGGAGGUUAAAGGGUGCUCAGAAAAGAGGGGAUUGGUACAAGACCAAAGAAAUCAUUGAAAAGGGUGCAGACUGGAUUAUCAAUGAGAUCAAAAUAUCUGGUCUAAGAGGUCGCGGAGGUGCAGGUUUCCCAUCUGGAAUGAAAUGGUCUUUCAUGAACAAGCCCUCAGAUGGAAGACCAAAAUAUUUGGUAGUUAACGGAGACGAGGGUGAACCUGGUACCUGCAAAGAUCGUGAAAUUUUACGUCAUGAUCCUCACAAAUUGGUCGAAGGUUGCUUGAUUGCUGGCCGUGCAAUGGGAGCUUGUGCUGCUUAUAUUUACAUCCGUGGUGAAUUUUAUAAUGAAGCAUCAAAUAUGCAAGUUGCUAUCGCAGAAGCUUACCAAGCAGGUUUGAUUGGCAAGAAUGCCUGUGGUUCUGGCUAUGAUUUUGACAUCUUUGUUCAAAGAGGAGCAGGAGCAUACAUUUGCGGUGAGGAAACUGCUCUGAUAGAAUCUAUUGAAGGAAAACAGGGAAAGCCUAGGCUAAAGCCACCUUUCCCAGCUGAUGUUGGAUUAUUUGGAUGCCCUACUACUGUUACAAAUGUUGAAACCGUUGCAGUAGCUCCUACUAUAUGCCGACGAGGUGGAGCGUGGUUUGCGUCAUUCGGCCGUCCACGUAAUCAUGGAACUAAAUUAUUUAACAUCUCGGGACACGUGAACAAUCCAUGCACUGUGGAAGAAGAAAUGUCCAUUCCUCUGAAAGAACUUAUUGAAAGACACGCUGGAGGAGUAAUUGGAGGAUGGGAUAAUUUGCUGGGUGUGAUUCCUGGUGGAUCUUCCACUCCUAUCAUUCCUAAAAGAGUACAAAGCUCCUUUGGCACUGCAGCAGUGAUAGUCAUGAAUAAACAGACCGAUAUUAUUAAAGCUAUUACUCGUCUCAUCAGUUUUUAUAAGCAUGAAUCUUGUGGUCAAUGCACUCCGUGCCGUGAAGGAAUAAGUUGGAUGUACAAAAUAAUGAGAAGAUUUGUCCAAGGCCAAGCAGAAAUACACGAAAUAGAUAUGCUGUGGGAGUUAACCAAACAGAUUGAGUUGCAUACAAUUUGCGCUCUAGCGGAUGGUGCAGCAUGGCCAGUUCAGGGAUUAAUUAGGCAUUUUAGACCAGAAAUAGAAGCACGUAUUAAACAGCGCAAGGCAGCAAUAUCCAAUUAA